CCGCGCUGUCCUGUCGCCCAUCACCGCCGACGCCGACGACCACCUCUUACCGUCGAAAAGCCUGGUCCCUGGGCUGGUCAGAUUCAUCAUUGAGAUAUCGGUCAGCAUCUCUUCGGUGCGCCUCUAGGCUCUGCCUGUCUCAAUCUAAGUUUCAAAGCGUUCGUUCGCCUUUGACUCUUAUCCGGUUCGACCUUGUCAUCCAUUCUCCGUCCUCCGACCUCACUUCUUGUUUUUACUUUUUCUCUCUCUCCUUCUCGCCCUCGCCAGCCUCUCUGUCCCGUCUUUGGCCCUUUUCGUUUGAGUCUCUGCCAACAGGGACACCAGAGAAAGUGGAGCCGGUGGUCUUUUUGAGUCGGCGGCAAACGAUAUCCAAUCCGCCUUGGCCAUCGCUGUCAAAACUUUCCCUACGCUCUUGUCUUUUCUACUAAUUGUCUGUCUUGUUACGGUUCACUUCCAUUCCUGCGUCCUCUCUUUUUCCUUCUUCGACACCGUGUUUGUAGCAAUACCACAGCAAACACAGUUCUCAAGUCACUGCUGCAGCGCGGGCCCACGGCCUCAAAUCAGCAACGCGUCCAUCCCUGACCGGAUCAGCGGUCGAGCGUCCUCGAGAACAGUUCGACCUCGCCUUCCCGACACCACAUGCUAGCCCUCGAGACCUUCUGAACCCGCUGCAGACACAGCGCGCGCGGUGCUGCCCGAUCUCCACCCCUCCUUGCCUAGCCCGGUCGAACUUGGACGCCCCACACUCACACAUAUAUACACACGUACACACGCGAACAAAUAUACAUACACACAUAUAGUCACGAUGGGUGCACCUCCCAAACGCAGCAGCAGAAGGACACUCGGUCAUCGACGCCGCGUCGACGACGAAGGUGACGACGAGGGUGGGCCCGAGACGCUGGAUCAUCUCGAUGAUGACUCCGUCACUGAGGGCUCCGUGAUCACCGACGAACAUGACCGUGGCGAUGACAGUGACACUAGCAACGUCGACGAGGCGUCACCAACAUCCCCUGUCUUAAAAAAGGCACCAGGUCGCAGAGCUGCCAAGGGAAACCUCCCUCAUCUUGCUCCUGCAGGGACAACCGGACCGGAGGCGCAGGUUGCUCGAGACGUGGCGGAAGCCGAAGUACAGCUGAACGGGCUAAACAUCUCGGACGAGCCUAGACCGACGCAAGAGGAGACGACUCCCUCCGCACCUACCAAGCCGACCGGCCCCGUGGUCGUGAGCUCCACGCAGGUGCAGGCACAGGAGCCACCCUUCGAGCGCAGACGCCGUGAGCAUGAGGAGUACCGCAAGAAGAGAGACGAGGACCCAGCCUUCGUGCCAAACAGGGGCGCCUUCUUCAUGCACGACCACCGACACGCUGGCCCGGCCGCGAAUGGCUUUCGUCCGUUUGGCAGAGGAGCCCUGAGAGGCGGUCGAGGAAGGGGCCGUGGCGUAGGGGCCCCCUUUGCACCGAUCAAGUAUGUAUCUUCGAACCCUCUUGACCCGACCGUCAGUGGUCCUUGGGCCCACGACAUGCACGAAGCUGUUGCCGAGCCUUUGCCCAUGCGGCAGCCGAGACAUGCGCCUCGACCUGUGGAAGGCCCUCCGAACGGAGACGGACAUAUUCCUACACGCCCAUCCAGCGACACACCCAUCAACAGAACCUUGUCGACGGAGAAGACUCUCGGAUAUGUGGAAGUUCGGAUGUUCUUCCCCGGUCUGAAGGAGCCCAAGUCGUUCUCCAGCAUUCCGAUGAAGCGCUACAUAAUGCUGCCCGACCACAGACCUCCCCUCCGGCGUGACAAGGCUGUCAGGAUAUGUCUGCCACGCAACCCUCCUCGCUAUGUGUUCCCUGCUGCGGAUCGGUCAUUCAUCUUUAUCCCUCGGGCCAUGCGCCCCAACCAGCAGCACAUCCGUGGCAGGUCCCGAACAGGUUUUGGCUCCGUUGGUGGCUAUUCACGCCGUACUAGCAUCUACGGCGGCAGCUACUACGGAAGUGCCUACACUCCGAGUGUGGGCAUGAGCCGACGGUCGUCAAUAGCUCCGGGAGAUUUCAUCUCGCCGACUGGCUCCGCUAUGUCGAGACCGAUCGUGCGGCUCCCACCCAUGAUGCAACCACAGGUGCCGGUGCCCAUGCCCAUGCCUGACCAGCCCUCAAUCACGGACCUACCGCAGCCGCAGACCUAUCCUCUCCCUCAAAAGCCAGCGUUCCAGGAGAACCGCCCUGAUGACUCCAUUCCCAUGCACCAACCCCGCCCGCAGAAGGCAGUGUCCCUCGAGAACAUUGAAUCGCCCACAAGACAGACCAGACAACCACCGCAAUUCCAACAGGCCUUCCACCAACAGGUCCCGCCUCAGAUGGUCAACAGCUUAUCACUGGACACGCACGGUCGGAACCCGCCUUAUCCCUCUCAAAUCUCUACUGGUACACCUCUUUCUCAGAUUCCCGAGCGUGCUAUCCAUGCCGCACCUUUCCAGCCCUCCACGUACUCCCAACCUCCGCCUGGCUACUACAGCCAACCUUAUCCCAUGUUGGCGCAGCCGCCGCGGCCGCAGCAGCAGCAACAGGGGUAUUAUUACCCACAACCACCGCAACCGUACGCAAACAAUAUGGCCUCCCCAGCGGCUGCUCCCCCCUUCUACCCCGGCGGCCCACAAGCACAAGCAAUGAACUACGGCCAGGGUGGUCAAGGCGAGGGUCCUCCUGUUCAGGCCAACACCCAGGGAGGUGGCUCAUCCACCUUGGUUGCCCAAGAUGUCAACGGCACGGUCUACUACUAUGAUGCAUCUCAGAUACCCACGUAUCCAACCUAUCCUGCCUAUGGCGCCCCUGGCUAUGCUCCCAACAUGACCAUGGGUAUGUCACCGGCACCAGAGGGUUACUACUACAAUCAAGCCGCUCAAGGGAUGACCCCAUACUAG